AUGGAAAAGCCCAUGAUACUGUACCCCAUCAUCGAACGUGCCCUAGUCAUUGAUCCGCAAGUAUCCGCCAUAUUUAUCUGACAACCUUCCCUACCAUCCAGUUUCCGACGCCCUAAUCUCGCAACAGCAGCGGCAACAAGCAACUCUGCACAAUUUUAGAUUCGUAAGUCGUCUACGAUUUUCUCCACUCCGCUAAGGAUGUCUGUCAGCGAGAUUGCUUGCACCUAUGCUACCUUGAUUCUUCACGAUGACGGCAUCCCGAUCACAGCGGAUAAGAUAGCCAAACUUGUGAAGGCAGCGAAUGUGGAUGUAGAAUCAUACUGGCCGAGCCUCUUUACAAAGCUUGUUGAGAAGAGGAACAUUGAAGACCUAAUCCUGAAUGUUGGAUCUGGCGGGGGUGGUGGUGCUGCUGUCACCCUUGCUGCUCCCUCUGCUGGGGGAGCUGCAGCUGCCGCCCCAGCUGCAGCUGCUGUUGAAGAGAAGAAGGAAGAACCAAAGGAAGAAAGUGAUGAUGACAUGGGCUUCUCCUUGUUUGAUUAGACUCUGUGCUGUAUGUCGUGGUUUCCUUCUACUUAAUCUUAGACCCAUCUGAGCGUUUACCAGUUGAGAUUUUUGUAUUCUCUGUUGGCUAUAGUAGUAGAUGGUUUCCUUGCCGCUGUUGUAGACGUGGUGGAAGGAACUUCAUUUCAAGAAUUAUCGUUUUUGUUAAUGUAGGUUUAUUUCUACAAUGACGCAGUGUUAACAACAAGUAAUCGUGGGAAAUUUUGUUGAUCAUACUUUUUUGGGCA